AGGAAAGAAAAAAAAAAAGGGGGGGGGGGGAGACAUAUUGAAACAUUUGAAUUAGACGUCUCCGAUUUUUUUUUUUUUUUUUUUUUUUUUAUUAUUAUUAUUUGACAGUGUCUGACUUUUUUCUCCCGAUAUCGAUUUUCUUUGAGGGCACCUGUUGAGGCCACCUAAGGGAAAAGUUUUACUGGAAUAAGUUGAUACUGCACUCAUUUGAAAGAAAGUUUCUUUGAAUGUGUAUCAAUAUUAUCUUACAAACUACCGGAUGUAAUUAAGCCUGAAAUACAAGUCUAGUCUACGAUAUGAAAAUUUCGUUCUUAUUUUCACGUGUAUCCAAGUCGUCAAAACGUUUGUCAAAAAAAAAAAAUAGUUCGGCCUCGUUGCAGUUUGACAUGUUGAGUGUUGUUUGGAAACAGUAGAAAAACUAUGAAUGGGACGGAAUGGUCUCUUCGGAAGUGUUGUUACGAAUACGUUGGAUAGAUUUUCUUAUGUUCGCUUGGUUUAAUUGUGGAUGACAUCCAUUUUAUAUCUGGAUGAACCUUCUAUUACAGAAAUACCGAAUCCUAGGGAAAAAGGGUGAAGGAACCUUUUCCGAGGUUCUAAAAUGUCAACACUUAAAAGAAGGCUCAUAUUGGGCCUGCAAAAAGAUGAAACAGACUUAUGACAGUUUGGAACAAGUGAAUAAUUUACGGGAAAUUCAAGCCAUGAGGAGACUCAGCCCACACGCCAAUAUCCUGGAACUCCAGGAGGUCAUAUUUGACAAGAAAUCUGGUACUCUAGUCCUUAUAUGUGAAUUAAUGGAUAUGAAUAUUUAUGAAUUAAUACGAGGAAAAAGACAUUAUUUACCAGAGAGAAAAGUCAAACAUUAUAUGUAUCAACUUCUUAAAUCAGUUGAACAUAUGCAUAGAAAUGGAAUAUUUCACAGAGAUGUAAAACCAGAAAAUAUAUUAAUAAGGGAGGAUGUUUUGAAACUUGCUGAUUUUGGGUCUUGUCGAAGUGUCUACUCAAAGCAACCUUAUACAGAGUAUAUUUCAACCAGAUGGUAUCGAGCUCCGGAGUGCCUUCUUACAGAUGGUUAUUACACUUAUAAGAUGGACAUCUGGAGUGUGGGCUGUGUCUUCUUUGAAAUCCUUAGUCUUCACCCUCUUUUCCCUGGUUCAAAUGAAGUGGAUCAGAUUGCUAAGAUUCAUGAUAUAAUGGGGACUCCAGACUCUAGUGUUCUAGAUAAAAUGAAAAAGUCAAGGGGGAUGAAUUUCAAUUUUCCUUCCAAGAAGGGUACGGGUAUAGAACGCCUUCUACCGCACUGUUCACAGGAGGCGAUUGACCUCAUUUACCAAAUGUGCACUUAUGACCCAGAUGAGAGAAUUACUGCAAAACAAGCUAUACGACACCCAUACUUCAAAGAUCUCAGGGCAACCAAACAAUCAAAGCAAAGGGAUGCUGACAAGCGAGCAGCAUUAGCAGCAAAAGCCAAGGAGAAGGAAGAGGAGAAAAAGGACCACAUCCGACCGAGUGGGAGGGAUGAGACUGCCACCAUUACCACACUGGAAGUGGACACCUCACGGACAGACAAGAAAAAGGCUGAGACAGAAAUAUCCAUACCCAGCUUACCCAAGGCUCCGUCACUGCAAUCUCAUCCACACAUCUUCAAAGACAGGAAGAAAGUGGAUAGAGUGCGUCGGCAUCGCAAAGUCUUAGCAGAAAGUCAGCACCAGUACAAUCACACAGGUCUCAGUUUACCCAAAGUGUCAAUGAAUCCGUCCUUUCAUACAAGUUCAUUUGGAGGUCAUUAUAAUGCUCACAACCCGUCAGCAUCCACAGUUUCUCUGCUGCCAAGUCUUAGCAGUACAUACAAACCCCCAAAGCCUGCAAACAAAACUAACAAGAAUAUAUUUGGGAGUUACCAACUACCUUCACUGGACAGGCGGGGUGCAGGAUUCUGACAACAGUUCCUUGUGUAGAUUUUAUUAAAGGUGGCUUUACAAACUGAAAGCUUUGAACUGUAUUAAGCCUUUUCCUAAGGAAUUCAAGAACACUGUGGAAUGUUCAUUGUAUCAAUGAUGUACAAGCCAGUUAUCUAUUUAGCAAUGGACAAGUCUUAUUUGAAUUUCAUUAAUAUUUUAUUUCCAUGUGUUUUGGGAAGCAGUGGGUUUUUGUUGAUCAAUAAUCAUAUAUAUUUUUGUGACAGCAUUUUAAACAUAUGACAAAAUGAUUGCUUAGAUUUACUUUAUGUAAAUUACAGGUAUGUUAAAAGUACAAUAGAUGUGUUUAGAUACAUUGAAACUGAAUAUUUGUUUUGUUGAUCUUGGGGAUAUAUAUAUGUAUACUGAAAUUCAUUUCCUUAUAGCAAUUUAUUUUUUAGUUCAUUUUGCAGAAAUGUCAAAACAUUUCUUGAUGAAUUACACAUGUACAGAGAUGAUUAUGAUAAGUUCAUAUUUAUUCAAAUGAUUAAUUGUUUACUUGUUUCCAAUGAUGACAUAUAUACACAAAUAUUAUAUCUUACAAUAUGAUGUCAAUUCCUAGCUUGUUACAUUCCUUCUAGGUUAGUCUAAAAGAGUUUUAGCUCACCUGAGGUGAAAGCUCAAGUAAGCUUUUCUGAUCACCUGUUGUCCAUUGUCUGUCUAUCCAUCUGUAAACUUUUUACAUUUUUUACUUCUUCUCCAGUAUCACUGGGCUAAUUUCAACCAAACUUGGCAAAAAGUGGGUGAUGGUCAAAAAUAGGGUGGGGUCAUAUAAAAAUCUUCUUCUCAAGAACCACUGGGUCAGAAAUGUUUACAUUUUUAUGAAAAUUUCCUGACAUAGUGCAGAUUCAAGUUUUUAAAAUCAUGGCCCCAAGGGUAGGGUGGGGCCACAAUAAGGGAUCAAAGUUUUACACAUAAAGAUAUAGGGAAAAUCAUUUAAAACAUAGUGCAGAUUCAAGUUUCUUAAAAUUAUGCCCCUGAGGGAAGGGUGGGGCCACAAUAGGGGAUCAAAAUUUUACAUGACUCAAGGAUAUAUUGGGAAAAUCUUUAAAUAUGGGCCAAGGUGAUAAAUUGUUGGUGAGCGAUGUGGCCUAUAGGCCUCUUGUUCUAUUUCUUUAUAUACAGGGUAAAUGAAAACUCAGAAUUUAUAAACAAAAAUAUCUCAUAUCUGUAAUAUUAUGACAGUGGAAAUUUAUCUUGCAUGUCAAGAAUGAUUCAAUCAUAUUAAUUGUGCCAAACAAUUUGAAAUAUAAGGCAUAUAUCUAAUACUUGUGUUAUAUGUGUGUAUAUGUGCAUGUAGCAACUUUCAGUACAGAUUUCCAUCCCUAAACUGCCAUUAAAAACUUUGCUAAAUUUAUAUAAACUCCUGCAUAUUCAGGGAAUGGGGUCUUAGCUAGAUGUCCAUAAUUUUUUACAUCUACUUUUCAGUUUUUAGAAGACAUGGUAGUAACAAUAUGAUCUCUUUGCCAAACUUUUUAAGCUAUUGUAGUGCUAGUAAAAUUAUUUCAUAUGCAUUCCAACAUUCCAUCUGGUAUCCAAUCAAAUACCAUGUGAAAUAAGAUUUAGUGCUAUGUAAAUAUUUUAUAUGCUAAUGACUGUAACCCGAACACUGAUACUAGGGAUGCUGAGUGUAAAUGAUAUCAAUUAUUCCAUGAUGUUGCUUGUUUAACCAACUCAUGCUUGGGGGAAGGGGGGUGUUGGUAGAAUGUGAUACUUAUUUUAGACCACCACCAUAAUUAUGUCCAGUAUUAUACAAUGACUUUUCUCUUAUCUGCUGAAAAAAAUUACAAUGAAGUUCGAUCACAUGACAUUUCCAGUAUUGGACUUUGUAUUUUUGAAAUAAUAUUUUUGUUAGUUUGAUUGAUUAUUUUACAUUCUAUUUUUUUCUUUAAUAAAAAAGACAAUACUUUUGAAAUAUCCCAUUGAACAUGAUGUUUUGAAGUUUAUUUUCUUUACAUGUGUCCGUUCCUGAAUUUCUCUAACAAAAGCUGAUGUCCUGAGUGCAUCUUUACACUGAAGAUAAUUUGAUUAAAGCAAGAUAAGUGAUGCAUAAUUCUCUACUGGUGAUUUAUUUUACAUAAUGUUUGAUUUCAUGGCUUUAUCCUUUUAUCAUUUGAUUCCAUCCAAAAAAUUUGAUUUUAUGAGUAUUUUUAUUUAUUUUGCUCAUGUAUCAUGUAGUCUUUCAAAGCCAUUGUGAUAAAUGUAUUUUGUAGUACUUGUAUAUUAAAGUAAUGUAGAUACAAAAUAUUAAUAGUCUAAAUCUGAUGUAUUCAAAUCAAUAAAUUCUUUAAUAUACAAA